AGCCCCUUGAGAUUUUACGGUCUUCACAAACCGGUAUGCAUGUGGGUGUGGUUGGGCUCGGUGGGCUAGGUCAUGUAGCUGUAAAGUUUGCAAAAGCUAUGGGGGCCAAGGUGACAGUUAUUAGCACCUCACCCAACAAGAAACAAGAAGCCCUCGAGCAUCUUGGUGCCCACUCAUUUUUGGUUAGCCGUGAUCAGGAUCAGAUGCAGGCUGCAAUGGGCACAAUGGAUGGUGUAAUUGACACGGUGUCGGCCAUGCAUCCUAUCUUGCCUUUGAUUAGUCUAUUGAAGACUCAAGGAAAGCUGCUUUUGGUUGGUGCGCCUGCGAAACCACUUGAGCUACCAGUGUUUCCUUUGAUCGUGGGCAUGAAGAAAAAUAGUGGUGGGAGUGCUGGUGGAGGAAUGCAGGAAACACAAGAGAUGAUUGAUUUUGCUGCCAAGAACAACAUAACAGCAGAUAUCGAGUUGAUUUCAAUGGAUUAUGUGAACACUGCCAUGGAGCGGCUAUUGAAAACUGAUGUUAGGUAUCGAUUUGUCAUUGAUAUUGGCAACACAAUGAAAAAUUGAAUUAUCUCCCCCAUAAAUAUUGCAAGAAUAAAAUGCAUGUAAUAUGAGAAUUCAUGAGCUUGAAUCAUCUUCAGUUUUUGGUACUCUUUAAGCACCUCUUAAUUUAUAUAAACAGAUCAAUGUAGAGUACAA